UGUGUGGAUCUGUUGGAGAAACGCUCCUCUCCCCCCGCUGACUGCUAUGAUAGAGGCACUGGACGACACUUUCCGCUUCCAGUGCUGACCUCUGCCUCCGGGACAGUUUAGGGACGGGUUUUAUUUAUUUUUCUGUCUUCUUCUUCUUUUGUGUGGACUCAUACACAAAGAAAAAAAGCGCCGUGUAUGAGCGCCGUCCGGCCACUUCUUGGUGGUAGCUGCUGGCCUCUGAGGCUAGCUGGCUUAGCGGAGCGGUGACCGAGCGGAGCCAGCUGGUCCGACGGAGGAACCGAAAGGCUAGCGAACAAGCUAAUUAGCCGGAAAACGCUGGGCUCGGAUUACCGCCUGUGAACCGAGCACAAAGAGCGGUGCUCACUUCACCGCGGCAAACAUGAAAAUCACCGUGGACUUUGAGGAAUGUCUGAAGGACUCCCCACGCUUUAGAGCAACCAUAGAGGAAGUGGAGGGGGAUGUGUGCGAGUUGGAGUCCAAGCUCGACAAACUGGUGAAGUUGUGUAUUGGGAUGAUUGAUGCUGGAAAAGCUUACAACUCAGCCAACAAACAGUUUGUCAGCGGGAUCCGGGAACUAGCCCAGCAGUCUGCCAAAGAUGAAGUCAUCGAGUCCAGCCUCACUAAGUUUGCAGAGAGUCUGCAGGAGAUGAUCAACUAUCACACGAUAUUGUUUGAUCAGGCGCAGAGAUCAAUCAAGACUCAGCUGCAAACGUUUGUGAAAGAUGACCUGCGAAAGUUCAAAGAAGCCAAGAAACACUUUGACAAAGUUAGCGAGGAAAAGGAGGCUGCGCUUAUCAAGAAUGCUCAGGCUCCUCGCAACAAGCAGCAUGAAGUGGAGGAGGCCACCAACAUCCUCACCGCCACGCGCAAAUGCUUCCGACAUAUUGUCCUCGACUACGUCUUACAGAUAAAUGUUCUACAGUCUAAGAGAAGAUCAGAAAUCCUGAAAUCGAUGCUGUCCUUCAUGUACGCCCAUCUGACAUUCUUCCAUCAAGGUUACGACCUGUUCAGUGAACUGCAGCCUCUCAUGAAGCAGCUGGGGGGACAGCUGGACCAGCUGGUGGUCGACGCUGCCAAAGAGAAGAGGGACAUGGAGCAGAAGCACUCCACCAUCCAGCAAAAGGCUGCUUUGCAGGAUUUCUCAAAUGAUGACACGAAGCUGGAAUACAAUGUGGAUGCAGAUAAUGGCAUCGCAAUGGAAGGUUAUCUUUUCAAGAGGGCCAGUAAUGCUUUCAAGACUUGGAACAGACGCUGGUUCUCCAUCCAAAACAAUCAGCUAGUUUACCAGAAGAAAUUUAAGGACAACCCAACAGUAGUGGUGGAAGACCUGAGGCUAUGCACGGUCAAACACUGCGAGGACAUAGAGCGCCGCUUCUGCUUCGAAGUCGUUUCACCCACAAAGAGCUGCAUGAUGCAGGCCGACUCGGAGAAGCUGCGGCAGGCUUGGAUCAAAGCUGUCCAGAACAGCAUCGCCACCGCCUUCCGUGACAAGGGAGAUAACUGCGAGAAGCUGGACAGGAAGUCGUCCACGUCAACGGGGAGUCUGGACUCCGGUGGGGAACCCAAGGAGAGGUCGCUGAAAGGCGAGAGCGCCCUGCAGAAGGUCCUGGCCAUUCCCGGAAACGGCUGCUGCUGCGACUGCGGGCAGCCGGAUCCCCGCUGGGCCAGCAUCAACCUGGGCAUCACCCUCUGUAUACAGUGCUCUGGCAUCCACAGGAGUCUGGGAGUGCAUUUCUCCAAGGUUCGCUCUUUGACCUUAGAUACCUGGGAGCCAGAACUGCUUAAGUUAAUGUGUGAGCUGGGAAACAAAGUGAUCAACCAGAUAUAUGAAGCCCGACGAGAAGAACUAGGGGCCAGGAAGCCACAGCCGGGAGACCCCAGACACGAGGUGGAGGCUUACAUCAAAGCCAAAUACGUGGACCGACGCUUCGUGCGCCGGCCGUCGGACGAAGAGCUCCGAACCAAAGUGGUUUCCCUGAGCAAACAGGAGAAGCGUCUGAGCAGCAGCUCGGACCACCUGCCGCCCAAAGCGCCUCCGCCCACUCCCAAACUGCGGCCGGGCUCUCACGCCUCCGGACAGUCAGCUGCCGCCCGCGGCGGAGAGGCCCGCCGCGACUCUCUCUUCUGUCCCGACGAGCUUGACUCGCUCUUCUCCUACUUUGACACCUCCUCCAAGCUCAGGAGCAAGAAGAGCGCAGACAGCGGCAUCCAGAACAGCGCCGACGGCAGCAGGGAGAGGCUGGCCACCGCCGCGUCCAGCAACAGCCUGGCAGAUGCAGAGGCAGCAGAGGCUCCGCCCUUGCCCGCCACGCUCCCGGCGGCGUCUCCCUGUAAGGAGGUGGUUUUCUUUGAGCCGAAGGAGUACAGCCCGGGUCUGCAGCUCUACUGGGCGUCCUUCGCCCGCAGCCUGCCGGACAUGGCCGAGGCGCUGGCCCACGGCGCCGAGGUCAACUGGGUCAACACCGAGGAGGACAAGAGGACGCCGCUUAUCAUGGCUGUGCACGGGGGCUCGAUGGUCACCUGUGAGUUUCUGCUCCAAAAUGCAGCGAAUGUGAACCAGCUGGACGCUCAGGGCCGAGGGCCGCUGCACCACGCCACCAUGCUGGGACACACAGGGCAAGUUUGUUUGUUCCUGAAGAGAGGAGCGAACCAAAACGCCGCCGACAUUGACGAGAAGACGCCUCUGAGCAUCGCUGUGGACGCAGCAAACGCAGAUAUUGUCACAUUGCUGCGGUUGGCCAAGAUGAACGAAGAGAUGCGGGAGGCGGAGGGGCCCUACAACCCGUCAGGCGACGAAACCUACCAGGACAUCUUCCAGGAUUUCACCCACAUGGCCUCGAACGACCCGGACAAGCUCAACCGCUACCAGCAGUACGACCCGCAGAGACCCUGACGCUGCUCAGCCUCCUUCACGAACGUCUAAACUUGCAGUUUUUUUUUUUUUCUCAGAAACUGGAAGCACUUUGGUAAUCUGAAUUAAAAAAAAAAAAAAACCCUUAUUCAUUAGUUUUUUUCUUUUGUUUUUCCCGUAAAAGACAAGUUCUGACUUAGAAAAAAAGGAAGACAAAAGCCUUGUUCCUGUCCUUUAAUAUCAGCGUGUUUUUUUUUUUUUUUUCAUGAAAAGGUUGGUCCUGUACAUGCUUUCACUUCAUUUGCACACGUCUGUUCAUUGUACUGGAAGCGAACCUUUUGGUAUUUGUGAAUUUUAAAACAUUUGAUUUCCAGUAGAUUUGUAAAUGUCGGCGGUUUUUAGUGUCUUGGUGCCUGCAGAUUGUGUCAUUCUUUUACGUUGAGACUCACGAGCUAAAGGUUGCACAACGGUAGGAAAACAUCAGAGGGCUUUUACAUUUUUUUUUUUUUUUUUUUUAAUUGAUCAUUUUUAAUUUUUUUUCUUGUGUGAAUCCUAAGCCAAACCCGAUGUUUACUGAAAUCUUUCGAGGAAGUAUUUUUCUUCUGAAGUUAAAGUUAAGUAAUGAUCUUCCACAUCAAUAGUACCCCGUAAAUAAGAGCAGACAAAGAUACGUAGGUGUGAAAAAUGUUCUGCCGUUCACAUUUCUGUUGUCGUUUUUCUUCUUUUUGUCACACUUAAAAGUUUCAAAUAAUCAAACUUAACGGUCAGAUGAGAGGAGAUGCUUGCAUAGCUUUUGUCCUGCAACAGAUUUGUGUUUAAUCAGCUAAUCUUUGUCUGGAGUUAACAUUCGAUUAUCGGUCUGAGACCUUUAAGUGUGACAGAAACAGAAAAAAUCUGUAAAGAGGAGAAAAGUACAUUUUCCACAGCUUUUUCCCACUGUGUUACCUCAGAGGCCUUUAGUAAAGCCUUUCAUUCAUGAUUUUCAUUCAGUCUUAGGUUUUCUGCACCGUAACGUUUAGCAGAGGAGUCGGCGCUCCUCUUCCUGCUGCAUUCGACUCAACACAACCCCCCCGUGGCUCGUCCUGCAGGAGAAAACAGCGACCAGCCCCAUAAUCGGAGCAAAAAUUUCCAUUUUGACAAAAGCUCAGCUGAUGACUCGCACGCGCAGACGGUCGGCGUUGGAUUCAUCUGGUGCAGAGAAAAGUCUCAGCAUGAAGGUGUUUUUUUUUUACGUUAAUGUCUGCAUUUCUGUUUUCAUAAGAGGAGAAGCGACUUGUAAAGGUUGAACAAAAUCAGACGUUUUUAGGAACCUAUUCAGGAAAACGUGUUCCCAAACGUGGACAUUUAUCUCUAAACAGUGAUUCGGGGUUGUGGAGCCAAAGCUUUGCGCUGAAAUCAGUUCAAAAUGAGAAAGUUAAACGUUGAUCAUAAAGGGGUUUAGUUCUGCUUUCCUCCUCAGACGUCGUCUGUGUAGAUUCUCUGAACGGAGGACGGAUCUCUGUCCUGUGCAACAUGGGAUACAGCUCUUGUACAUUUUGUAAAGAUCAUUUUCAGAUUCUCAAGACUGAAGUUAGAGGUACUUGAAUGAUUUUAAAUAAGCUUUUACAUAUGCUGUUCUUUGUAUCCUUUGAUAAUCAUAGCCUGUUUUUGUUUUUUUUAUGAGUCCUGUCUGUUCGCCUGUAUACGUGUAUCACACAUGAUAUCUGCA